CUAACCCGCUCCAUUUGGUGAGGGAUGCGGAUGUGGAAUAUUCAUUUUUCUGUGGACUAUGCAUUGAUCCCAGUUAUUAUCACCCCUUAUCCUUAUCCACAACACUUAUAUUCAUAUUGAAUUCAUAUAUUGUUAGUCUGCGGUCAUGCGUCGGCAACUGGAUGGAUUCACCAGUCCUUGCAUCUCAGAUCGCGAAUAUGUAAAGCUUCAGUAUGGUCGGAAAAUCGCUCAGGAUACUUGUCUUUUAGCUAGUGUGAAAACUCUUGACUAUUCACAGGCGUCUCCCGCAUUCAUCGGUAAGCAUAACGUCGUGCCAUGUAUGGUGACUACCAAUUGGUGUAAUUCAAGUCUAAAAAUUCUUUGAACAUACAUAUCCUUUUACAUCCAGCUGUGGAAUGUAGCAACUUUAAGCGAUGCACUUGUCGGAGAGAUUCUAAGUUCAUUUUUCGUCUGCGAGAUGUCAGUACAUUUAGAGUUUUUGGACAUCAACAGGUCCUAACCCGAAAACUAUCCUUCAUCCCACUGCAUCACAUCAUACAUUGAUCACCCUUUCUUUUAGCCUACCUCGGGACUGAAAACAUUUUUGAUUGGCAUGUUAAUGUUAUAUAUUACCGAAAUAAAGUGGUACCUUAUUGCAGUUAAGCUAAACAGACUUCAUAUUUCCAAAUUAAGGUCUGACUGAGAAUUGUUUUAGAUAGUUUCAGGAAAGGGAAGCGGUUGCUUGUAUAUUCCAAACGACCUCAGUCUCAUCGGUGAUCACUGUUGUUAUCUCUUUUCGGUUCACUUGACACAAGUGUACUUCGGAUAAUCUCGCUUCUUUGGAAACUGGCCUCGUUCAUUGUUUCAUCGUCUAGCAAACUAGCAGGAGUACUUGGAUGAAAUAGUUAUUUUGUCCAUAAGAUGAUAGGGUUUUGAUCAUUCUGCUAUUUGGUUCCUGAUGCAACUUAAACAUCAAAUUUCUGCAUGAAUAUUCUAGUAGUUGUUCAACUCGCUAUCACCCCAGUACAAUGCAUGCAAACUGUUUAGUAAAGCUCUAGGGUAUUUUCGUAUUCUCUCUUUCAAUGGACAGAAAAAUUCCUACCAACAACACUGGUUUUUCCAAUCACUUACGUCUAUCAAUGUGGUAGACUUAUUCAUGCGCUGAUCUGAGUGAAUUCUAUAACCUGGGUGGUAUAUCGAUGCGCUGAUUGUUAUUGCUAAUCGUAUACAGGUGCCGAAAAACAUUUCGUGGGGUGUUAACAGCAGUUUGUUGACGACGUAUCGCAUAAUGUCUGGCUACUGUUCUUGAUUUUCAGAAGGGAUUUCAAACACGACACUAUCGUAUUAAACGUACUACUCCCUGAAGGUCAUCUGGUUGACUUGGAGUAUGCAAAUGAUAUUGUCCCGCUAGGCAAAGACGCUGAAAAAAUGCAGGAUUUUCUGAACACUUUGACCAGAAAUCUAAGCAUGUUUGGUAUCCAUUUUAACCCUGUCAGAUGUAAGAUGAUGCUCCAGCACUGGUCUGCUGCAAUUACUCACAGUUUAAUGGUAGUGAGUAAAGUAGUGGUGUGUUAACCACUUCACUUACUUG